AUGCCUGCGUUCGACGAAGAUGACGAGCGUUCCCAGGAUGGGAGCUUCGACAACGACAACGAUGAAACCAUGCAAGAUCUGGACGAUGCUGAUGCCGACGGCGAUAUCGACGGCGAUGCAGACAUAGAUCAGGACGGUGACGGGGACGGCGAGGGAGACGGCGAUGGCGACGGUGAUCUUGAUAUUGAGGGCGAUGGGGAUGCUGAAGGUGAAGGCGACGAGGACGACGAUGCCGAGAGCCAAUCUGAGCAAUCUGACAACGAAGACACUUCUGGUGAACCGGGCGCAACACAGGACGGUACUCAGCAAACUGCCUCUGCACAGGCAGACUCUUCGCGAGGGGCUGCAACGGCUUCCAACAUCUCUGCAGAGUACCUCAACGCAUGGUCAUACGAUAUUGUCCCCACCGUUGCCGCCCCUCACAGCACUUCUAUCAACGCAGUCUGUACCACGGGGGAUAUGCGAUGGGUUUUUACUGGUGGCUCUGAUGGCUAUAUUCGCAAAUUCAAUUGGGUCGAUUCCAUCAACAACAAACUGGCACUUACGGUAGCACAGAGACACCCAUUCGUUGACAGCGUCGUGAAAGCCGGAGUAUUGAUGAGCUACUGGGAGAAUUGGGAUGCUCGACCAAACACAACUCAGACACUGUCGCCCGUGUAUUCUCUUGCUUGCCAUAGUCAGGCACUGUGGCUGUUGUCUGGUACAGCUUCUGGUCCGAUUCGACUGCAGUCCAUCCGGCACGACGAAGGCAGGGAAAUCACCUUGCUUCAGAAGCAUACGUCAGCCGUUUCGGUCCUCACGCUUUCUUCCGACGAGAGGAGCUUGCUGUCCGGCAGCUGGGACAAGACAGUCCUAGAUUGGGACCUCAAUACUGGUCAGGUUCGAACAACGUUCGCUGGCAGCGCCGGUCAGAUAUCCUCGAUUGAAACGCGGCCAGUCUCGUCUGUGCCUGUUCCCGCAGAAUCUGGAGAGGUCGUGGUAUCCAAUGGAACAUUUUCAUCGAACGAUGGCAAAUCUCUCACCAACGGUAUUAAGAGCGAUCUCCCCAGUCAAAAUACCCAGGAACAUCCAACUGUGGCGACUCCAGAUUCCCUGUUCGGAGAUGGAGGGGACGACGAUCUCUUUGGCGACGAUGGAGGUGUCAUGGCCAAUGGGGGUGGUCUCACUGAUGAUUUUGGGGUUGAAGACGACGAGAUGAGUCGGGCAAUGGCAAACGGACCACAACCGGAAGAUCUAGUUGAUCAUCCCAUGCUGGAUUCUGUGGACUCGACCAACGAUGCUGCAGGUGCCCUCCCAGACAGUUCUCAGCACCAGGUAUCUGCUGGUGAGCUGACGAAUGGAAUACCUGAUUCUACUGAGGAACCAAUCACGAAUGGCUUGCCCCAUGCAGAUGAUCUGGAAAGGCAUGUCGAGGAUGAAGUAACGACCCAGGACAGCGAAGCACCACAUACUUCUGACUCGACCUUCCUGGCGACUUCCAUCGACGGCGCGAUACGUGUCUGGGAUAGGAGACAGUCAAAACCGGUCGCACGUAUUCUGCCACGAAACACUCCGCCAUGGUGUCUGAGCGCCUGCUGGUCCCCAGACGGCAACUUUAUCUACGCCGGUCGACGGAAUAACACAGUGGAGGAAUACGACUUACGCAAGGGCCUCAAAGGACCCGAACGGGUAUUCCGGUUUCCCAACGGAAGCGGUGCAGUGACCUCGGUCAAGGCGAUGCCCAACGGCCGGCAUCUGAUCUGCGCUUCAUACGACAUUCUACGGUUAUAUGACCUAAAAGAAUCUCACGCUUCACGGUCAACCGUCCCGUUCUUGAUCGUUCCUGGUCAUCGAACUGGGGUUGUGUCACAUCUCUUCCUCGACCCAGCUUGUCGAUUCAUGCUCUCCACUGGAGGCAAUCGUGGUUGGGAAGGCGCUUCGGCUGAAGUUCUACUUGGAUAUGAGAUCGCCGUACCUCGCCGCUGA